AUGGCUACAGGACUGAAAAAUGUGGGCAAUGCGUUUGGUGGUCCAUCACCUUCAAAAACCUUCCAGAGUGCACCUGCUGUUAUAGUUGACGAUGAUGAUGAUGUUGUUUUCAUUGAACCUGUUCAGGUUCCUCAGUCUGCCCCACCUUCUGCAUCAAGAAGUUCAGGAUUUCCUCCAUCAGUAAAUGAAAAUCACAGGGCAGAACUAAAAUCACACUCUUCCAGUAAAGAUGCAGAUUCUGGCAAGGGAAUUAUAAGUGAGACUAUCAUAAUUGAUGAUGAGGAAGAACCUGAGCCCAGUCGUGCACCAGACAAAAAUGCUUCCAGUUUCAGUACUCCCAGGCUUAUGGACUCCAGUAGACCUGUUGCGGAUUUUCCAUCGGCAUCUACUUUCCCAAGAAACAAGAACAAGUCUACAACAGGACCUUAUAAUCCAGGACGAAUUAAUGUUAGUGGUGAUGUUUUUCAAAACGGUGAAUCUUCAACUCAUCAUACUUCUGAUGCCUGGCUAUCCCAGUCUGCUUCAUUUCCACGAAAUCAGCAGCCAGGUGUGGAAAUCAUGUCACCAGUAGCCUCCCUUCCAAAACAAGUUUUACAGCAGCCUCCACCACCACAACAGCCGUCAAAAGCUGUAAAAGUGACAUGUGCAAACUGCAAGAAGCCACUUCAAAAAGGGCAGACCGCAUACCAACGCAAAGGAUCCACUCACUUGUUCUGUUCCACUUCUUGUUUAUCAUCUUUUUCACAGAAGCCAGCUCCAAAGAAGCUCUGCACUAUGUGUAAAAAAGAUAUUACAACAAUGAAAGGUACAAUUGUUGCUCAAGUCGAUUCAAGUGAAUCCUUUCAGGAAUUUUGUAGUACCUAUUGUUUAUCGGUUUAUGAGGACAAACAGAAUUCUGCCAAAAAUCAAAACAAAUCAAGAUGCACUAUCUGUGGCAAACUAACAGAGAUUCGCCAUGAAGUUAGCUUUAAAAACAUGACUCAUAAGUUGUGCAGUGAUCACUGCUUCAAUCGCUAUAGGAUGGCCAACGGCCUGAUCAUGAAUUGUUGUGAACACUGUGGAGAAUAUCUACCAAGCAAAGGUGCCGGAAGCAAUGUUCUCAUGAUAGAUGGCCAGUGGAAGAGGUUCUGCAGCCCAGCCUGCCUCAAUGAUUUUAAGCUGGUAAACUUUUCAAGUUGUCCAAAAAUAUGCUAG